CUGAGAUUCCCCUAAACGGUGAAUACCGGCACCGUUGUCGUUGGUGUAGUCAAACCAGAGGUGCCCAUGUUGAAAGACAGACCGCGCUACCAUCCAUAGACAGUUAGUCUGUCCAGCCACAGUGUGGCGCGCCGUCUCUGCCAACGUCAUUGCGAUCAACAACCCUGCUUCAUUGUGCCAGGGCUCUAUCACCUCACUCCCACUUACCGAUACUUUCAGCUUUCACCUUUACAUGCCGUUCCAUUUUUCGAGAUAAAAGGCUUUAUUCGCAAUACUUCAUCUCCCAUAGAUGAGCGUCGUCUCCGAGAGUCACUCCGUCCACAUCAUGUCUACCAGACGCAAACCCUCGCCCUCAGCCGACGGUCAACCCACUUCCCCCACAUCCACCAUGCCCGCCUCCUCUAAACUACGGGACCAGUCUUCCACCACGCGCUCGCCUUUCUUGCCCACCCGCCUCGAAGCCCAACUCAUCUCCAUCUACCCCGCCACCCUCCUCCUCGGCUCCAUCUUCAGCACCCUCUCCCCGGCCUCGCGCAGCGCGCCCUACUCGCGACACCUGCAGUCGCACCCACCGGAAUUCGCACCGAGCUACUUUGCGCACAAGAAGAACGUCUUCAACGUCUACUUUGUCAAGAUCGGGUGGUUCUGGACCACGCUCGCCUUCGCCAUCUUCUGGGUCUUCAACCCGGCGCUGGGCAGGGACUGGUUCAGCCGGCGCCGCGUGCGUGCCGCGCUGCGGUACCUCGCCGUCACGAGCGUGUGGUACGCCAUGACGCAGUGGUUCUUUGGCGCGCCCAUCAUCGAUCGCGGGUUCCGGUUUACGGGGGGACAGUGCGAGAUCAUGAGGGAUCCCGCGGCGAGGGAGGAUAUGUCUGCCACGAGGGAGUAUGUGACGGCUGCGACGUGUAAGGCGGUCGGGGGACAGUGGAAGGGCGGCGUGGACAUUUCGGGGCAUGUGUUUCUGCUCAUCCUGGGGUCGGCGCUGCUGUGGUUCGAGUUCCUGCCUGCGUUGACGAGGAUGGAGGGGUUGAGGGACGGGCGCAGGAUCCUGCUGGCGGACGGCAAGGUCGCUAGCGUCGCGGUCGAGAAGGCCCAGGACGAGGCGGAGGGCGAGCAGCCGACGACGAGGGGGGUGCAGUUCUCGCUGUACGUGGCGGCGCUCAUGUGGUGGAUGUUGCUCAUGACGGCGGCCUACUUCCACACGUGGUUUGAGAAGUUUACGGGGCUGGUGGUGGCGUUUGCGGCGCUGUGGGCCGUGUACUUUCUUCCGAGGGGGAUGCCUGGGUUGAGGGCUAUUGUGGGCAUGCCUGGUGUUUGAGUUGAGUAGUUGUGAUGUUUGUGGCAGCAUCAUCAUCAUAGAGAUUGGGGAAAGGAGGCAUUGGGUUGAACGAAGGUAUGUAAAAUAGAAUAUGACCAUCCCGCGUAACAGCUGUCCUGCAUUGCUCCUGUGCGUCUUGUAGCACUACCAGUACGUGUACAUACCGGAGGGGAAUAAGUUGAAAUGGUGAAAAGGAAUGCAUCACAAGCGCUGAUAAGGGCCCCUUUAACAGCUUUUUAUCUGCGGAAACCCUUGGUAAACGUCCAAGUUACCGCAACGACCACUUCCCAUCCUCCUCUAUAAUCUCCA